UCCCACUUAUACCCUGCCGGUGGGGAACUCCAGGAAGGGGGAGCGGAAGGCCAGUGUGGGAGGAGGCAGUGUCAUCAGGGCCCCACACCCAACUGCCUCAGGAAGAGUCUGCACCAAGAAGGGCAGUGGACCCGCAGGCCUGGAUUCUCGGUCCUCAAGGAGACAAGAGCUGGGAGGUGGGAACUCGGAAGUUAGAAACAAUUGCAUGUGUUCUGGAAGGAACUGGAGGCCUGGACUUCUGGGUCCCCAAGCAUUCUAUCCUGGACUUUGGCUCUACUGGAACACCGACAGCCCCACCCCACAACACAGCCAUCUUCCCCAAACCUCUCACCCAGCCCCAGUCUCAGGACUGAGAGAGCCAGAGGGAGCCUGACAAGGCUGGUUCCUCACCUGAGAGACAGCAAGCGCCGUGGCCUCAGUCCCUGACCCUCUCCUUCCACUGCGGAGCCCGGCAUGUGGGGCUACCUGUCCCUGCUUCCUGUCUUCCUGGCCUGCUGGGCUAUUGCUGGUAUCUGGACCGUUUUUUCGCUCGCGGUGGUCCACAAGUCAGUGAACCUCACGGAAGCCUUCCCCUAUAUCAGUCGAUGUGGAAAUUACCCUCCUGAAAGCUGCGUCUUCAGCCAGGUGCUCAACGUGGGAGCUGCUAUGGCUGCCUGGAUCUGCAUUCUCCGUUACCACCAGCUUCGGGACUGGGGGGUCGGAAAGUGUCCUAACCAGAUGAUCCUGUGGACGGGGCUCCUCUGUGCCCUGGGUACCUCUAUAGUGGGCAAUUUUCAGGAGAAGAACCUGCGGCCCGUGCACCUGACAGGGUCCUUCUUUGCCUUCUUCGUGGGAGUCCUCUACUUCUGGCUGCAGGUCCUUCUCUGCUGGCGGAUGAAGAGCCUGCCCCAGCCUGGGGCUCCUUGGCUUGGGCCUCUCCGCCUGGUCCUCUGCAGCCUCUGCAGUAUCCUCAUAGUGACCAUGGUCGUCCUCCACGUCCGGUCACUGCGUUCAGCCUCUGCUGCCUGCGAGUGGGUCGCCGCCAUGCUGCUAUUCAUCCUCUUCGGCCUCUUUGCCGUGGACUUCUCCAGCCUGGGUCGCUGUACCCUGCAUCUCCAGCCGGGCCCCAACAGCCUCAGCCCCCCGGCCUCCCCCAUCUCCCUGCAGGUUCCGCUGUGAACCGCUGAUCAGCACAGCAUCUUCAUACCUCCAGUUCCUGCCAUCUGGUUCCGCCUCUGCGGUCAGGGCCACCAAGGAAGCGAGAGGCCAAGGCCAGCCAGCCAUCCCUGAUCAAGGAUAUUUAUUAUUAUUAACUUUUUCUUUUUUGCCGCCGGCGGAAUCAGAGACACGGACGCAGGCAGGAUCACGCGAAAUCAGAAUUCCUUCCGGAGAGCAAAUCCGUACAGAAGGUUGUGGGGGCCGGGAGAGGACCAGGAGAGGGGGGCCCAGGAAAGGGGAGUUGGGGACACAAGGACAGAUGGCCCUGUCCGUCCGGAUCUGCUAAGCCACCCCAACCAGCCCCCGUUCCCCCCCACCCC